AUGUCAGAAGAUAAUAAACCACCAAGGGAGCUUUCACCAUCUCAACAACCAGGUUCUUUGAAGCGACAAAGCUCGCGUAUUCUAGGUAAAACUUCACAAACCUCAUUACAUUCCUCUUAUACCAAGGAUUCAUCAAAGGAACCAACUUCGUCAACAACACAAGAAUCAGAUACCAAUACAACACAGAGAACUAAAAAACCAUCAACAACUGAUAAUACGUGGUCAAUUUGGCCUAGAAGAUCAUCUCAACUGGAAAAACCUGAAAACAAGACCGAAGAGAGAAAUUGGAUGAGUUGGAGGAAACCAUCACUAACAUCGUUGAAGAAAGCUGCUGCUGCUAGUACUAGUCCUGAACCCAUUGCUGGAGAUUCAGAUACCCCAAAAUCAGUCGCUCAUGGAGAAAACACAACUAAGCCUGAAUCGGGGGAUGUCAAAUCAGAAAGAGCAGGAUCUUGGUCAUUUUGGAAUUCAACUUCAAACUCAACCACUAUUGAUAAAAAACCAUCAUUAUCAAAUGUAUUACUUUCUGAAGAGGCUGUUUUAUUCGAGCCUAGUGAAGCUACUGAACAAGAUAAACAAAAGGCAUCAAAGAAACAACAACAAAAACCACGUAUACCAAAUCAAGUUGUCCCUGUGUUUGAGACACUACCUUAUUAUUCCACUACACAAAGUGUAAUUAACAAUUUCAACAAUCUUAGAUAUACACUAGGUUUUGGAGUUGAUGAUCCAAAACAUCUUUAUAGAUUGAAUACAACAAAAGUUAAAGAUCUAAAGAAAGUUUUGAUCAUUGGUGUUCAUGGAUUUUUUCCUACAAAAGUGCUAAGGCCAUUGAUUGGUGAACCAACAGGUACAUCUAUUAAAUUUGCUAAGGAAGCUGAAAAGGCAGUCUUGAGAUGGGCCAAGAGGGAAAAUUUAGAUAUAACUAUUCAAAAAAUUGCAUUAGAGAAAGAGGGCAAGAUUUUUGAUAGGGUUGAAUUUUUUUAUCAGGUUAUGAAGAAAUGGGAAAAUGAUAUACAAAAUGCGGAUUAUAUUUAUAUUGCGGCACAUUCCCAAGGUUGUCCUGUUUCAAUAUUAUUAUUGUCAAGGCUUAUCGAAGACGGAAUCAUUCAUAUGGAAUCUACAAAGAAGAUUAGUUUAUUAGCAAUGGCUGGUAUUAACAAUGGUCCUUUUUAUGGUGCAGAUCAAAAAUUGUUUGUUAGGGCAUAUUCGACAAUAGAGAAUGAUUCAUUAAUGGAGUUAUUCCAGUUUCAAAAUUUUGAUUCAGUUCAUUCAAAAGAGUUUUUGGAUAGUUUGAAAUCAGUUGUUAAUCAUAACGUUAAAAUUACAUUCAUUGGGUCUAUAAAUGAUCAAUUGGUUCCUUUAUAUUCAUCAACUUGUCUACACGUUAGACAUCCAAAUAUUUUCAGAGCUACUUAUAUUGACGGUGGUUCAAAUACUCCUGAGUUUGUUUCAACUGCGGUAUCAUUGGCAAACCAUUUACACAAUAUUGGAUUGAGUGAUCAUGGUGUGAUAAAAGAGAUCAGUAACUCAUUAGCUGGACCAUUAACUGGAGGUGGGCAUUCAAAGAUUUAUAAUGAUCCACAGGUUUAUGAUCUGGCUUUAAAUUUUUCAAUCUAUACCAAUGAUUUGAAAUAUAUGAUCCCAUUACAUUUCAAGCCAUACUCAAUUGAAACGUUAGGUGUCAACCCAUAUCAUUUACCAUGGUGUAUGAGAGGAUUGUUGUUUGAGACAAAAGCUCAUAUACCUGAUGGUAAUAAAGAGAUUGAUCAAUUGUUUGAAGAGUUUGAGAAUUGGAAACCGGAAACCAAACAGUUGAAAGAUAUGAAGUAUAGAUUGAACGGGAUUAAGAGCAAGCUAUGA